AUGGCGUUAGAGGAAGAAUUGGAUUCUUCCAACCCCAGGAGCAUGUUGCACAGAGCUCAUGGAAUGACGACCUUCACUCCCGCGACGGCCGCGCAACCUGGGAUCAGAAUGCACAAAUUGGUUUUCUACCGUUCUGGACGGCAUAAUUUACAACAUGUUGAUGGUGGGAAAUACACAAACUCGCAGCCGCCAAGUUUCAAGGAGAGUCGAGUCCCGAAAUUGUCUUGGAGUUUCAUGUGGAAGAUGGGAGCCUAUGAUUCGAGCUGCCAUUUGGGGUGCAAGGGCUUCAAACAAAACGCCUCAAGUUCGUCGGUUCUGCUUAAGUUCGCCGGACGAACUGAACCAUUUUUAAGUUGUUACCCAACAUUAAUUGACCCCGAUACAAGAUUGGAGUCUCAAGAUCAGCUCCAACUUAAGUUUACUUGGCCGAAAUCAGGACCCGCUAAAGAUGGCGGAGGUUGCAGUGAAGUUUGGACAAUCAUUCUGCCGCAGUUGGAGUCCACUUUUGACGACCUCUUCUGGCAAGAUUCUAAUCAUGUUUUGUCUUGCAGUGAUAGAAACUAG